AACCGACUAACUAGCUUUUCAAUACAAAAAUAAGUCUUUAGUUCUUUUUAUUUUUAGCCCAUUCUAUUUUCAUUUGGUAGUUCGACCGUGAAAUUUCUUUGUUUCUUUAUUUCCGGAAUAUGAGUGUGUGACUUGUUAUAAUUGAUCCCGUUCAUAGUACAGAGCAUAAAAUGGAUCUGUCGUCUUGAUAGAGAGACGGUUUUAUCCCGUCAGAUAUUUUUUCUAGUAUCUGGAGCACGGAAUAUAAAAAAUUUCUUUUAAAAUAAAAAUAUUAGAACUAUGAUUCAUACCUCAUUUCAUAUUUAGACCUCGCAACCGGACUUAAAAAAUGUUUCAAAGAGUUAGAAGAAUACGAAGAAUACAUCGAAAGAUUUUGAUUUUUUCAAGAUGCUGGCGCUUAUCUUUAUUUUGAUCAAAGUACAGAUUUUUCUUUGGAUUUUUUCAUUCUAUCUAUUCAUUGAAUAAGUGAUGAUCCAGCGGUUCUUACUCGGGGAAUUAUUGGACUUCUAUGAAAGGUUUUUUUUGUUUUGAAUCAUCGUGGUUCUGGUAUGAAUCUGAGGUUUUUUUUUUUAUUGAUUAAUAGGGUGUUAACAAGAGAAUUUCUAUCAAUAAGAAGAAUAAAGAAGACAGCAAUAAAAUCAUAUUACACACGAAAAUACAAAAUCAAAUAAAAAUUGAAAUAAAUAAUAGAAUAUUCAGGAGGCCGGUAAGGAUUAAUAGAAAGAUCCGUGAGCCGACUUGAUAUUUUGGCAUUAUAACCACAGAGAACGUCGGAAUUAUAGGAUUCACUUCAAAAGUUUCAAACUUUCUAUUACACAUAUCCAUUUACGUUAAAACCAAUAUUUGGGUAUUUUUGUUUGAGCCGUACGAGAUGAAAUUCUCAUAUACGGUUCUCGGGGGGGUUCGUUGGUUUACCUAUCUCAAUAAAGUCUAUGACUGGUUCGAAGAACGUCUCGAGAUUCAGUCGAUUGCCGACGAUAUAACUAGUAAAUAUGUUCCUCCUCAUGUCAACAUAUUUUAUUGUUUAGGGGGAAUUACACUUACUUGUUUUUUAGUCCAAGUAGCGACGGGGUUUGCUAUGACUUUUUAUUAUCGUCCGACCGUUACUGAGGCUUUUGCUUCUGUGCAAUAUAUAAUGACUGAGGCUAACUUUGGUUGGUUAAUCCGAUCAGUUCAUCGAUGGUCGGCAAGUAUGAUGGUUUUAAUGAUGAUCUUGCACGUAUUUCGUGUGUAUCUUACUGGUGGUUUUAAAAAACCCCGCGAAUUGACUUGGAUUACGGGUGUAGUUUUGGCUGUAUUGACUGCAUCUUUUGGUGUAACUGGUUAUUCCUUACCCUGGGACCAAAUUGGUUAUUGGGCAGUCAAAAUUGUAACAGGUGUACCCGAAGCUAUUCCUGUAAUAGGAUCGUCUUUGGUAGAGUUAUUACGUGGAAGUGCUAGUGUGGGACAAUCUACCUUGACUCGUUUUUAUAGUUUACAUACUUUUGUAUUACCUUCUUACUUCCGUAUUUAUGUUAAUGCACUUUCCAAUGAUACGUAAGCAAGGCAUUUCUGGUCCGUUGUAGAUAAUAUGAAUCAUUUAUCAUUUGGGGGGGCAAUAGUAUUUCAUUGCUACUAAUAUGGAUUAUUUAAAAAGAUAAGACAUGUAUUUAGAUAUUUGCCUUCAACUUAAGAAAAUUAGAUUAUUUGUAUUUGAUUUUACAUACACAAAUAGUUGAAGGGAAUUCUCCGAAGAAAAAAUGGAUUAUGGGAGUGUGUGACUUGAACUAUUAAUUGGGCCGUACAGAUAUAUGAUUUUUUUCUUA